AUGAGGCUAUCGAUGAUGAUCAAAGUGGCGUUUGCCGGAUUGAUUUGCCUGCUAGUUAGGCCAAGUGUUGGUACUCCUUUGUCAGAAAGAUUCUCAAAAAGAUUCGCAAGGAGUUUAGCAGACGAGGAUCCCAUCGUCGACCUCCAGGUUGACAAGACUGACGAUUUCGCACCACCGCAUUUGCUGCAGGCUAUGCUCCAGGCUCUCGCAUCCAACGACACUUCGCUCAACCAGUAUGCGUCAGGCAGGGGACACCCAAGACUGCGCAAAGCUCUGGCAGCUUUCUACUCAAGGGUGAUAAACCGCGAGAUUGACUGGCAAAAGAACGUGCUCGUGACGAUCGGCGCGACCGAGGCAAUAUUCGACAGCUUCCAUGCUCUCACCCAACCGGGUGACGAGUGGAUCGUCGUUGAACCAUUUUUCUCGAAGUAUGCUCCGACCAUUAAAAUCGCUGGCGGCAUUCCCAAGUUCACUUCUAUGAAAUUGACGAAGACUAGCGGUGAGAUAAAGGGCUCCGAUUGGGUGCUCAACAAGGAAGAAUUGAGGAGCCUCUUUAACAACAAGACUAGAGGUAUUAUCAUUAACAAUCCAAACAACCCUACGGGCAAGAUUCUGACAAUGGAAGAUCUUCAGUUCAUUGCCGAUUUAGUAAAGCAGCACGAUGCUUACGUCAUCGCUGAUGACGCUCACGAGUGGGUGCUAUUCGACCCGGUCAAAACUCCCUUCAUCAGAAUGGUUGAGCUACCUGGAAUGUGGGAGCGUACUAUAACUAUCGGUUCUGCCAGCAAGUCCUUCACCGUCUCGGGAUGGAGAGUCGGUUGGGCCUAUGCACCGGCGAACCUCAUCAGUCGUCUCCUUGAGAUUCACGCCAACGCCGUACAAAGUGUUCCCACCCCACAGCAGGAAGCCGUGGCCUUCGGCUUUGAAGAAGAGCUUCGUCUUUACGGUAAACCCGAAGGCUACUUCGUCUCCAAAGCACGCGCCGUCCGCGAGAAGCACAACUUCAUGUACCAGGCUUUCGUCGACGCUGGUAUGAUCCCCAUCCGUCCCGACGGCGGAUACUGUAUGCUUGCCAGGUGGCCUAGCUUCGAUGAUCACAGGGAGCUUUUUGAUGGCCAGGAGAAGGCUGUCGCCUUCGAGAAUUUCAUGAGCCAAAGGAUCAACAUACUUGGUUCCACCAUGGCUGACUUCUACAGUACCGAACAUCGCUAUAUGGGCGAGGACUACAUUAGGUUCUGUCUGGAAAAGAGAAACGAAACUUUAGUUAGAACUGCUGAUAAUUUGAAAAAGCUGCUGACCUUCUGAAGUCUUUUAAAGACCGAUGCCGCUUGAGUUUCUCACAGUGAUGAGGCGAUGUACUGAUGUUAUAACUGCGAAUAACUUAAAAGAGUUACUGACUUUAUAAAUGAUUUCCACCGUUAUGCUCUUAAGCUGUGUCAUUUAAUACAUUCAAAAAUAAAGUGUUACUACACAUGUAGAAUGAGAUAACACGCGAGUUCUGUGUUAUCAUAAUUAAAUAAUUUAUUUGGCAAGUCGUAAAACGACAAUUUCGUCUAUAAUACAUUCGUCUUAAUAAUAGAUCACAGACUUAACGCAAACAAUUUCGUAAAAUUGUUGCUAACGUUCAGUGUAUUGCAA